CAUAACAAGACUUCACGAGUUGCACAUUUUAAAGAAAUCUUGCAGCUUUCUGUAUUUCCCUAUUAUUCGCGCAAAAUACACGAUGAGUGACGACUUCCUCAGUAAACCGCUUUCCUUUGGGAAUCCGAAUUCUUCUGGAAUCACAGCGAGCCCACAGUUGCAGCCUUUAUCACCAUAUUUGAACUAUGACUCCCGUUACCUGCAGGCACAGCCAGAGUUUAUCUUCCCCGAGGGAGCCUCCAAGCAGCGAGGACGGUUCGAACUGGCCUUUUCACAGAUCGGUUCGUCCGCAAUGAUCGGUGCGUGCAUCGGCGGAAUGGGCGGAAUGUACAACGGAAUCAAUGCUACAAAACUAGCAAACCAAACUGGCAAACUGCGCCGAACACAACUGUUGAAUCAUGUAAUGAAACAAGGCGCAGCUACGGCAAACACGUUCGGCACGAUAGCGGUCAUGUACUCUGCUUUCGGUGUAGUGCUUCAGUAUGCCCGUGGUGAGGACGAUGAUUUCAACACGAUUGCCGCUGGCGGCGCGACCGGAUUACUAUAUAAAUCUACCGCUGGUUUGCGAAAGUGCGCGAUCGGUGGCGGAAUCGGUUUGGCGUUAACGUCGUUGUACGUACUGUGGAACGUAACUGGUGGUGGAUCGAGAAAAUUGAGCGAUCUUAAAUCGUAUAUGUAAACAAACUUGGGUAGCUCUAGGAAUAUUCGAUAACUUGUGAAACCGACAUAUGUGCACGAUUGACCUUUUUAACAACAUCCCAACACAUAGUGCGCUUAGUUAAUUACCCAGUAUAGUGGCAUAUAUGUGAUACAGAAACGAGGAUUAAUCUCAAGUUCAUUGCCAGAGGUUCGUUUUCUGACACAAAUUACAACUCAAAGUCCAUUGUUCUAGGUAUCUGUACCAGUACCACACGCUUGAUGGAAUGGCGGGGUACUAAAAAUGUGGCGCUUUAUUAUAAGCUAAUAAAUACCUACGGUACGAUGUAACCGAUAUAACAGGAAAACAAUUGGAUACUAUG